UCUUCGGAAGACGUUGGGGGCGUGGCAUAUGCGAAAGUGGGCGGGGCCAAAGGGUGGGCGGGGCCCGUUCAGCAUCGGCCAAGCGGCGCCAUGGGGGUGAAGCUGGAGGUGUUCCGGAUGAUGCUGUAUUUAUCUUUUCCUGUUGCUAUGUUCUGGAUUUCAAAUCAGGCAGAAUAUUUUGAAGAAUAUGUUAUCAAGCGGAAGAGAGAGAUAUAUCCACCUGAAGAUAAUUACCAGAGAAAAGAACUGGAAGACUUCAAAGAGAGAAUGAGGAAGGAACACGAGAAGCGGAUGCUGCAGUCAGCUAAGGAAUAAUGAUGUACCAUCAUCCCCUUUCUCCCCAGGGUUUGAUGCACUCUCAAGAAAGUUGUCAUCACAAAUCUCCUACUUUAACUUAAUAAAUGCCCUCUAAAACACUUUUUGUACUAAGAGAUGAAGGGAAUUGCAAUGCAGUUUCACUUUGCAUUCCUGAAUAGUGGUUCUGUGCAUACCUCCAUGGCCAUCAACGGAAAAUGGGAAGAGGAUGUAGGCUCCUUCCUUCGUGUUCUUCUGGCUCUUGCUGGGUGAAGCUGCUGAACCCUGUCUGCAAGUUUGGCAGCUGUCUUAGGAGAGUCACUUUGAAUAAAAAGUUCUGUAUAGAAAGACUGAAUCUCUGUAUGUCUUUCAGUAAAGUUAUCUGGGUAUCUUCAGAGAUGCAAGUUAUAUUUCACUUGUCCUCCUUGGACUGAAGAUCUAUUUUAUCCAGGUGGGUCCUUCUGCAUUGCUUUCUUCUCUUAUUGCUCUGGUUUGCACAUCACAUUAAACCAUAGUAAAAUAAACUAUUGUUUAGUGUGAAUGGGCUGCUAAAAGCAUGGGUGCAAGACAGAUGGCUGAACAGGCCUUUGAUUUGCUGGAAAAUAUGCAAUUUUAUGAAGAUGGGAGAAAAGUAGUUUGGUGCUGCAGGUGAACAGCCGGCCAUGAUCUCUCUUUUACAUUUUGUCAAACUUUCCUUCUUGUGACUUCUGAAAACUAAAAGUACAAUCCACCCCCACCCCCCGAUAACUCUGUAAUUCUGGCAGUCCCAUUGUGUAAUCACCCAGUGUAUUGAAAGCUUGAUAGUUCAAUAUUCAAAAUCCAACGUACUUUCACGAUGUUCUGUUCUUGCUGGGCAUGACCCUGUUCCAUAAAUGACUACCCAUUUUA